UCUCUUUGUUUGGUAGCUGCUAAUGAGAAUUCGGUCAUCGGGCGUCCAUCCUGUACAUGGUUUUUAGUCAUUUGCUUUACCUAAGGGUCGUCUUAGUCGUUUUGGUGUCGUCUUACAGAAAUUUGGCACUCCACGGGAAUUUGCAAAGCGGAACGUGCAUUGUCCAUGACAGCGUGUCUGUUUGUCGGACGAAGCGAUGGACCUCUUUACUAGUUCUUUGUGCUUGCACACUGCCUGGCGAUGGCAACCCCGUUUCAGUCAACAAUUUGCGACGUCUUCUGGACCUCGCUGGAGUAUCUGAUGAUAUAAUCAACAAAUUUCUUCCCAGUGAUCUACAGCAUCUUACGGUGGCUGAAAUUAUCAAUAGUACGUUAGCUAACAAUUUAUUCAAUGAUGUACCGAAAACUUUUACUAUCCCGAGCUUCGCAUUUGCUGAUGGCCAACUGAACUUCACUGGUGGAACGGUAACUAUGCUGUGCAAGCCAUCAAGAGAUUGCCAAGCUGAGCUAGCGGGAACCGUGACAGUGGGAUCGAUUACAAAAUUAAGGCUGUCGUUUACGAUGCACACGGAUGGAACAUGGUCUGCGUCUACUGACCUGGAGGGAGGACCGUAUUCAUUCGGUGAUAUUAGUGUCGUGGAGACCUUCAUCAACACUGAGCUGCCUUCAUGGCUAGAAUCUACGGCAUCAGUGCUUACUUUGUGGAAGAUCACCGAAUUGGAAGUGCACUUGAGUCGUGAAAAAGGCGCUGUCAUAUCGUCAGAGAAUUCUCUGUAUCUCUCAACUGCAAAAAUCGUGAUCACACUUGAUAGAUGGGAUGUCAUCUCCGAUGUCCUCACAAUUCAUGACGUUCGACUCGAAGUCGACUACCUCAAUCCAAAGUCGCCGACGGCAACCGAGAACACGCAGUCGCUCAGUGGAAGUCUCGAAGGGCAUGCCAAUUUGGCUGGCCUGCAGGCUUCAACUAAAGCUUCGUAUCCCGUGGGCCCGGCCGAAAUCGUCUUCUUUUAUAACAAAACGCUGGACUUUGCCAUCUUCAGUAUCGGCCAGGCAAAACUCGUUUUGAAUCCGCCAAUUGGUGGAGCAACUUCGCUGCAGUGGAAGUUGACCGCUGACUGGGCAUUUGGACCGGAUGGAGGAGAAAGUAAUUUUGAUAUCUUGAUUACUAAAGUUGAGUCGACGUCUGCUAUUAAGGUGGAAGUUACUCAGAAGGCGAACGAUGAACAUCCGCUGUCUGUUAAUACGAUCUUUGGUAGCUUUAUUCCUGGACUUAAAAUACCAGUACUCGGAACUUUUGGUCUCAACGGAGCCCACUUCGUUGCACAAUUCUUCGCACUAGUCGAUGAUAGUCCAGACCCACGAUACCCAACUUACCUCAUCGAAGGAGAACCAACCUUCAGCCCAAAUGCAAAAAUCCAAGUCAUCAUUGGAAAGACGGACCCUCCAGAGUCUAAAAAUGGUGUUGCAGUGAUCAUGUGCACGUCGUCUGAGUUCAAGCUCUCAGACAUUCACUCUAAACUGAGCGUAUUGGACUUCAUUCCUGUGAAAAAUUUGGCCUUUGGUUAUGUCCACAACAAGUUUGACUUUGAGCCUUAUGAGGCGUGUUCAGACAACGUCAAGUUCAUUGACUCAUUAAAACUGCCAAAGUUCCAGUCUAUACUCGGUGGUGGUAGUCGACGAAAAAGACGGAACGUUGUCGGUGGCGACGACAUCGAACAGGAAGUUGAUGGCAAGCACAGCAUCCUAGAAAAAAUCGACAAUUUAGCGAAAAAAGUCAAACUAACACCCGGCGUUCUACUGAGCACAAUCGAUUCACCAACAGGGACGGUGCGUGACCUCCUGUCGAAGAUGCUGGGCAUGGCUGGCGUCGAAAUCAGCACAACGUUGCCGACAUUUCUCGGCGAGCUACUCGACUUGAAGCUGGAAAAAUUCCAAGUCUCGUUCGGCGACUCCAGUCCAUGCAAAGACUCGUUCACAACGUUCACUCUAAAGGAGUGUGUGGAUGCGAUAAUUGUCGAGUUUUCGUUGCCACAGUUGACUUUGAUUUCUGGGAAACUCGCUAUCAAGGACUUUGAGACGGAUCUUCUUCUGAAGCUGCCGUUUGACUCCGCCAAGCGAACGCGGUUUGGUUAUGUGGCGGGCUCCGUCGUACUCGGAUCUGGUGCAGAUGAGAUUGUUGUAUCAACUCAUGUUCCAAUUCCCGUGACGAGCAAUAAAAUUGUAAUCAACGCAACCAACUUCUCUAUUCCAAAGUUUCUAAGGAACAUACUCAACAUCUUCCUUCCGGCAGCAUGGCAACUACCGUCACUACCUGCCACAGACAGCAUAUUGGCUAACUUGCUUAUUGACCAAGUUGUGAUCUACUUUGAUGCGGAUGAUAAAGUUGAGCGUGUUGAUGUGACUGUUUCUGUGAGCAUGGGCAAGAUAUCAGAUCUUAUACACAUAACUAAUGCCGUGGCAAUCGUCAGUGUGAAAGAAAUAACGUCAAGCCAUGCCAAAUGGUCAUUGGAAGUGAAGGGCGAAUGGAAACUCAGUAUCGCUUCCACAUGCUCAGCGUCUCUAAAGUUUCAGGAUCCAGACUUUAUUCUCACUCUCACUUGUGAUUCAAUCAGCGUGCAGCAGUUCAUCGAUACUGUCGUUCCGAUUUCCGUGAGUCUUCCCAGUAGAAUCUCAGGAUUUACUGUUUACGACCCGACUGCGAGUGCGGCUAUUGGCACAGAUGAUGACCUCUUGCUUGGAUUUAGUGGCGAUCCGGGUGGUACCGGUUUAUCAAUCAAGCUGAUGCUUGGGAAAGAGUCUGGUUCAUGGAAAUUUGCUGUUGGUGCCUUCUAUGGUCCCGCUACAAAGCCCAGCGACGUCGACAGCGCACUGAGUUUCAUAGAUAGCAGUCCAACCAGUUCGUUGGCUCUCAUCUACUCAACCGGCGACUUUCAACUCUCACCGUUCGACUGGAACGGCGUCACCGAAUUACCAACCGGUCUGGAGCUGUUGGCUCUGAUGAGAGCACAAGAUUUAGGAGGCUUUAUCGGCAAGUGGAUGAAGGAUUUGGGCAUUGACAUUCUGUUUGUUCGCGGAAUCAUACCCGAACAUAUCUCCGGGCUCAUAAUUCAAGCAGGAAUAGAGGGACACAUCAAACUGUUGAAUGACGUGUAUCUACAGUCACUGUAUAUUGAGGUACAAAUCACACCGCCGACGUUUUGGCUGGUUGGAACGGUUCAGAUAAAGAUUCAUGACGACACUCUGUAUCUCACUGGUGGUAUUGGUGUGGGAGUGGCAGGUCUUACGUUCUAUUUCCGUAUGACGGGAAUAUGGCACAACCCGCUUGGCUUGAGGAAUGUUGCAAUUUCAAACGUUGCUCUGGAGCUCGGCUUGACUCCAGCUGGCAUCCCAUUUUCAAUCGGUUUCGAAGGAACUCUUCAAAUAAAAGAUCUGACCGGGUCAGCAGCCGUCUACUACAAUGUUGAAAAGCCAGAGGAAAUUCUCCUCAGCUUCAGCAUGAAUCAUCUAACCAUUGGAGAUAUCAUCGGUCUUUUCCUGGGGAAGACAAGCUUGCCCAAAGAGAUAGCAGACUGUGGGUUUCCCCAAGGGUUUAGUGCCUAUUUCUGCACUGGUGAUGUGAGGUUUGCUGGAAAAACGUUCACGCCAGGAAUUUCGUUCAAUGGCACGUUUGAAGUUCCUUUCUUGGGAAUUAAGGCUGCAGCUGAAGUGCAAGUUGACAUACCAAGAUUGUUUUACGCACAUCUGUCUCUGGAUAAGAUUGAUUGGGGAUUCUUGUUGAUUCAGAGAAGUUUCAGUGGUGAGGGAGCGACUGUUGGACCACUGCUGUUGAUUGACAUAAGACCAUUUAAUGGUAAGUUCCUGGUGUAUGCGGAAGCUGCUAUCAAAGUGUUGGGAAUAAGUGCGUAUGGUCGAAUCAAUAUGACAAUUUCUUCACUUUCAUUCGAGAUCACUGGUAACCUGUGGAAUGUCUUUGAGGCACACUUGGAGCUCGAGGCCGGUUGGCCAUCAAAUAAACAAGUGACCGUUGGCGAUCCAUGCGAGACGGACAAGCCCGAGUCAGAGCACCAGGAACCAUCACUGGGUGCACAAGGCGUUUCAGCGGCAUCAACAGAUGUACCUUCAGUUCCAAAGGAAACCAUAUCGGAUCGAGAGUGGCAAGCUCACUUAGAUUCUACACUCGUGUCUCAUGUAGAUUGCCACGAUGUGACCAAUGCAAACUACAGUCACGUUUCAACAGUUCGUUCACGUCUGGGUCAAAGUGCAAACAUAUCAGUGCCUUCUCUGAAAUUCGUGGAUGGUGAUGAAAAGCUGUAUCUUCACUCAGGAAUACACGACUCGCGUCACGUCAGAUCUGCCCUGUAUGCUCCAGUUCUAUCUGCAUCUGCAAAGCAUCGCAGGCUCCUCCUACGCAGACGGUGGCUCCGCGUCUCCACCAAGUCUGGCUCUUUCACUGCAUUCAGUCAGAGUACGCGGGUCACUCGAGAUCUUGACAUUUACUAUCCACGAUCGAAGCGCUCAGACACAUGCGGCGGUGACAAGUACCACGCGGGCACACCCGCUUCAGAUCAGCCCGGUUUUCGAGUGAGCGGCUACUUCAAGAACGAUCUCUUUAAGAGGAUACGCGAGGUCGCCACAAAGAUAAUCGACGACGCCGUGAACUUUGUGAGCAACGGAUUGAAACACGCACAAGAGGGAGUCCAGAGCGCGAUUGAAUCCGUGAAGAGCUUGGACAACAGCAUUAAGUAUCACCAGGAUCAGAUCUGGUGCUGGAAGAAAUAUUGUUCGAAUGCGAAGUGGCCGUCGAAGAUAUGGAAGUGCGCUUCGGCUGGGCUACACAUUGCGUUUCAUGGGCUCGCGAUCGCUGGUAUUGAAUUGGCAAAGGUGAUUGCUAUCGGAGUGCUCGAAGUUGCGAAUGCGAUUUUGGCCGGAUUGGAUUUUGCAUUCAAGGUAACAGGAGAGAUUCUGAAAGCGAUUAUUAAUGGAGUUUUUGGAUUGAUUGAUAUUCGAAAAGGAGAGUUUGAAUUUGCCCUGACAUCAAACGUUAAACGUUUCUAUGUGGAAUUUGAGAUCCAUUUCAUCAGCUGGACACUCAAUCCUCGAUUGGAAAUCAAUUUCAACAGUAUCUGGGAUGCAGUGAAGUCUAUUGGUUCUAGCAUAGGAAACAUCAUCAAAUCCUUGAUAGUUGAAAUGUAAUGAAGACAACAGCUCGAUGUCGUAUCCGUGUGGCAGCCAAUAUACACACUGCUGCUACAUGAGAGCUAGAAAUGCAGUCAUUUGAAAAUUGACCACCGUUACUUAGCAACCGCUGGUGUAUGAGUGUCUGUCUCAUGCAUUACCAUGUGCCCUUGGCUUGACGGUCCAGGGGUUCCUUAUGAGGUGCAAUACAAUUGGAUGUUCAAUAAAUAUUUCAUUAAAUAAUUAUUUAUAAUAAUUUAAAUAAUGUAGAUAGUAAUAUAUUUGUAAUAUAAUUAAAUAUUUAUUUAAUUAAUUAUUAGUUUUUGUUUAAUAAA